UACCUUCUCAGCGUGUUUGUUUCACGGAGGAGAUAUAAGGCUCCGGUUUAACUUUAAAAAGUCAGUUGGCUACUGUCCGUUGUGUUGCUUCAUUAUGGCGGUAAUGUUGAAAACAAUAUCAGAUAAUUACCACCAUAUAAUGGAUGAAAAAUCUGAUCCACGAGUCAACGACUGGUUCAUGAUGAGUAGCCCACUUCCUACACUUGCCAUUUGUAUUUUUUACGGUUAUUUCAGUAAAAUUAUAGGUCCAAAAUUGAUGGAAAAUCGUAAACCCUUUUCUCUUCGACGAACUAUGAUAAUCUAUAAUUUAUUUCAAGUAAUUUUCUCAACUUGGCUAUUUUAUGAGGGGCUAGCCUCUGGUUGGUGGAAUGAUUAUUCUUUUAGAUGUCAGCCUGUAGAUUAUUCAACAAAUCCAAAGGCAAUAAGGAUGGCGAGUGGUUGCUGGUGGUAUUAUAUAUCCAAAUUUACAGAAUUUCUCGAUACACUUUUUUUCGUACUGCGGAAGAAAAACAAUCAAAUAUCUACUCUUCACGUUAUACAUCAUGGAAUAAUGCCAUUAUCCACGUGGGUUGGUGUUAAGUUUACUCCUGGUGGUCAUUCAACAUUCUUCGGUCUACUUAACACAUUUGUUCACAUAGUGAUGUAUGGAUAUUACUUACUUGCUGCCCUUGGACCACGUGUACAACCAUAUUUAUGGUGGAAAAAGUAUUUGACUGCUCUUCAAAUUACACAAUUUGUUCUAAUUAUAAUCCACGCAUUCCAAUUGCUAUUUAUAAAAUGUGAUUAUCCUAAAGCAUUUGCUGGAUGGAUCGGAUUACAUGGAAUUCUAUUCUUUUUUCUUUUCAAAUCUUUUUAUGAAGAAUCUUACACUAAAAAAACUGUUAAAAAUUUACCUAAAUCAGUUGAAGAGGAAAAGACUGCAAAUGUAUACAGUAAUAAUAACAAUAAUAAUUAUCAUUAUAAAUAUAAUAACUCGCGACAACCAAACAAAGAAAAUUUUAUUAACGAUUUUAAUGAUUAUAAAUUGAUUAAUGGCUUUGACAAUAAUUUAAGGAUUCGUGUUAAUAUUAACAAUCAUAAUUCUGAUAAAUCAAUUAAAUAAUCUUUAUCUACACGUCUUUGUAAAUUUAGUCUUUGUGUGACGCAUAAUUCAUCAAUUACUUGCUAACAAUGAAUAGAUAAUGGAUAAUAAUAUUUAUUGCCUUUUUAAGAAAUUUCAUUUCAAUUCACGUUUCACGUAAUUAGGGUAAAGUCCAGUAGAAUCAUAAACUAAAUAUCUAGUGAUUAAGACAUUCUCAAAUGCAAUUCCAAAGACGUUAUUUUUAAUAUCACUAAAUAAUACUAUUAAUAUUAUGAUUUGUUUUUUUAAUAUCUAAUUAUAAUUAUAAUUAAUUAGUAUAAAACGCAUCUUCAUAGUAACUAACGACUGAACGAAAAUACUGUGACAUACCCCGCGAAGAAAAUUAUAAAUAUAAAAGACAUCAAGUUAGUACUAUCAAUACUGCAAAUCAGAUAUAAAAUUCUAAGUCUCGUUUGAUUUACGUAGUAAACUUACCUCUGCUACUUGGCGUUGGACAAAGAGUGACGGAGACAAUUUUUAAAGUCUUUAUUAAAUUAAUUAAUACAGCCAUAUGCUCUGAAUCUGUAAUACUUUAAAUUAUAAAAAAUAUUUAAAUAUUAA